AUGGCGAGAGAGCCUCUGGCUAGUGACCUAUGGAUCUCUGUGUGUAUUUGCAUUCUGUUCAUUGCCCACCAAUGUAACUGUUUUUACCUCCCUGGUGUUGCACCUGAGGAUUUCUGGAAGGGGGAUCCGUUGAGGGUGAAAGUGAACAAGCUGACUUCCACAAAAACACAACUUCCUUACUCAUACUAUUCACUGCCUUAUUGUCAGCCAGAUCGCAUUGUUGACAGUGCAGAAAAUCUUGGGGAAGUUCUACGGGGUGACCGCAUUGAAAACUCUCCUUAUGUGUUUAAAAUGAGAGAACCACAGUUGUGCAAUGUUGUGUGUCGUCUAACUCUCAAUGCAAAAACGGCGAAUGAGUUCAAGGAAAAGAUAGAUGAUGAGUAUCGGGUGAACAUGAUUUUAGACAAUCUUCCUUUGGUGGUUCCUCUAAGAAGGCUCGAUCAGGAAGUAUAUCUGCAUGGCUUCCUUGUUGGUCUUAAAGGACAGUAUUCUGGAAUCAAAGACGAAAAGUAUUUUAUCCACAACCACUUGGCAUUUAUGAUUAAGUAUCAUAGAGAUCCAGAGAUAGAGUUGUCAAGGAUUGUAGGAUUUGAGGUUAAACCAUUCAGUAUAAAGCACGAAUAUGAAGGUGAAUGGAAUGAGAAUACCCGCUUAACUACCUGUGAUCCCCAUGCAAAGAAGUUAGUCUCCAGCUCUGAAUCUCCUCAAGAGGUUGAAGACAAGAAAGAAAUCAUUUUCACCUAUGAUGUUGAGUUUGAGGCGAGUGAUGUGAAGUGGGCAUAUCGCUGGGAUACCUAUCUUCUAAUGGCCGAUGACCAGAUUCACUGGUUUUCAAUUGUCAAUUCUUUAAUGAUUGUCCUUUUCCUUUCAGGAAUGGUGGCUAUGAUAAUGAUGCGGACACUUUAUCGUGAUAUCUCGAAGUAUAAUCAAUUAGAGACACAAGAAGAAGCCCAAGAAGAGACAGGAUGGAAACUUGUCCAUGGGGAUGUUUUCCGGCCUCCAUCAAACUCAGACUUACUCUGUGUGUAUGUUGGAACAGGUGUUCAGUUUUUUGGAAUGAUUCUUGUCACCAUGAUCUUUGCUGCCCUUGGAUUUCUGUCUCCCUCAAAUAGAGGGGGGUUGAUGACAGCUAUGCUCUUGCUCUGGGUAUUUAUGGGACUGCUCGCUGGAUAUGCUUCAGCACGUCUUUAUAAGAUGUUCAAAGGAGCAGAAUGGAAGAAAAUCACUCUCAGGACAGCCUCUAUGUUUCCUGCCACUGCCUUUGCUAUAUACUUUGUGCUAAAUGCUCUAAUUUGGGGGCAGAGGUCUUCCGGGGCUGUGCCAUUUACAACAAUGUUUUCUCUUCUUUUCUUAUGGUUUGGCAUCUCAUUUCCACUUGUCUUUGUUGGUGGUUACGUGGGGUUUAGAAAGCCAGCAAUUGAGAAUCCUGUAAAGACAAACAAAAUAGCUAGGCAGAUUCCAGAAAAGGCUUGGUACAUGAAUCCUGUCUGCUCUAUUCUAAUAGGAGGCAUACUCCCAUUUGGCGCGGUCUUCAUUGAGCUUUUCUUCAUUCUCACAUCAAUCUGGUUACACCAAUUUUAUUAUAUAUUUGGCUUCCUGUUCAUUGUGUUCAUCAUCCUCAUUAUCACCUGUGCUGAGAUCACAAUUGUUCUCUGCUACUUUCAGCUGUGUAGUGAAGACUACAAUUGGUGGUGGAGGUCAUAUCUGACUUCAGGUUCCUCUGCACUCUACCUUUUCCUAUAUGCCGUUUUUUAUUUCUUCACAAAACUUGAGAUCACAAAACCCGUAUCUGGAGUACUGUAUUUUGGGUACAUGCUGCUGCUUUCAUAUGCAUUUUUUGUGUUGACUGGAACAAUUGGUUUCUAUGCAUGCUUCUGGUUCACAAGGCUGAUCUAUUCAUCAGUGAAAAUUGACUGA